CGCGAAGAAUAACGGGAAACGUGGAUUGGUUCGAGCGAGAGACGAAUGGCGGACGAGGUACCGCGGGCCGCGCAUGUCACGCCAUUGGCCGCCGUAACGUCUGGGUCUCUGGCCGCAGGGAUGAGCCGGCGAGCGAUGCCGCCCGUCGACGAUAUUACUAGUCGCUCCAAGACGGCCGGUGGUUUCUGUUUGUCAGGUGUCAGUGACUCGUGGAAAAGGAACUCGUGAGAAAAGGAAAGUUACCAAAGUGUUUGUUCAUCUCGUGCUCCGUUUCUCUGACGGAGGAUACGUCGCGAGAGAAUGGCCACGGUAACCUGUCGUCGUGCGCUAUACAUCGUCAGAUGGUGCGAGGUGUCCCGCAUGCUGAGCGUUUCCUCCACCCUGGCCACAACAAAAACCUACCGAAACGAGACAUGGUGCAGAAGAUGGUGGCAUAUCUCCCAAAGAAGUCUUUCCCUGACGACGAGCUCCUUUGCUCCGUGCUUAAGUUCGAUUCUAGCGAAAGGAAUGGAAAAUCCGAGAACCUCUACGAAAGAAGCAAAGACAUCGAGACCUUCGUUUCCAAAGGACAAGAAUAAUAAAACGGAGACGAAUCUAGUCGUUAAAAACGCGCAAAACGUUGCUACAGAUGUGACUGUGACGUAUUAUCGGGGAUUACCCAAGAUCACGGUACCUCUGCCAUCCAGAAGGGAACGUUGCAUGUUUACUCUGAAACCGAUAACUCAUACGGUGGGAGACUUGAUCAAAAUGCUGAAGAGGGAGGAUCGUGGCAUCGAUCGAGCAAGCGUAAUGACGGUCGACGGCGUCAAGAUAGGUUACAGCAACACGAUAGAAACGUUAAUGGAAGAUGACUUUCGGUUGAUAAUAAACGACAACGAAUACAUCGUUUCACCGCCGUUGCAUCACAGGCAGACGAUGGAAAAUAUAGAGAAGUUAUCGGACGUACAAACUUUAGUCGGACAACUGUACGAAGCGUUUCACGUUCGAGAACAUCAUGCCGACAUGGAGAAGCAAAUUUUGGCCGAGCUGGAAACUGUCAGACUGGAGCUAGAACCUCUCGAGCAGCAACUGCAGGAAUUGGAAAGCGUAGCUAUCAAGAAAACGCAACGUUUCGUCUGGAUGUUGUUACUCGCGAUGUCGAUUCAGUUCAGCUGCUUGGCCAGGUUAACCUGGUGGGAAUACUCGUGGGAUAUCAUGGAACCGGUCACGUAUUUCGUUACUUUCGGCACCAUGGUGGUCUGUUACAUCUAUUACGUCGUAACAGGACAGGAAUACAUGCUACCCGGCGUAAUAAGCAGGCGACAUCUCGUCGCUCUUCAUCGGAAGGCCAAGCAAGCUGGAUUCGAUCUCAAUCAGUACAACUUCUUAAAGGACCGGACUUACGAAUUGGAAACCGCCUUAAAGGUUAUUCGUGGACCCCUAUACGAUCAUAAAAAUCGUCUGGAACAGAGGAAGAGGGCAAGAUCAAGCUCCAGCAGUUCAAGAUCACCAAGUUCUUCACCUAGUCCUAGUCCUAGUCCUAGUCCUAGUCCGGAAAGAGACAUGUCCAAGAAAUCCGUUUCCUGAAGAAACACGGUUUAGUUCAACUUAGACGCACGAAAAAACUAAGGCUAUGGCUCAUCGAUGAUUAAUACAUUGCUAAAUCUUCGAUGAACUAAAUUUCGUUGCAGAUCUUUUUUCCCGUGUUAAAAGAGAUGCUCUCAGGGUGGUUACCGAAUAACACUUAUAGUUAAGAAGAAGAAAAAUGAACAAUGAGAAAACCUCUAAAAAUAUUCGAAUCGUCGACAAAGUCUUCUGAGUCGUAUGACGACACUCCUAUUCAACGGUUAUAAUGUAUGUAUAAUAUACAUAUAUAUGUAUAUCUACCCGAUGCUCAAUGUUGUUCACUGCAGUGCAUUUGGAAGACGUCGAAAAAGGAAAUGUAUAUACCGCAGUUUUCUACACACCGUCAUUUACUACACGCUAGAGCUAGAGAAUUGAAUAUUUGAGAUUUAAAGGAACAUUGCCGAAUCGUGUUUUUUAGCAAUGCCAGUGUACCGAAUGAUUCACCAGAAACAGAAUAUCAAAUUGUCUCUUUUGGCAUUAAAAACAUGCAAAAUUAUUCGAUAUAAAUUCGAUAUGAUACUCGAAAAAGUUUACUUUUGUCGAGAACUUGGACUAUAACAGAGACAGUCGAGUACUCUCUUUCUAGUGGAUUGUGUUUUAUGCGUACAAAUGUGUGCGCGCGCGUGUGUGUGUGUGUGUCCACAUAAUACAUGUGUGGAUUAUGCGGUUGUAUUUGUGAUAAAUUGACGUGUUUAUUUUUAAUUAAAUUGCUCGUUUUGCAAUUUUCGCACGAGUAUUUGUCAUAUUGUAUGACAAAUCAACGAUCGGAUCGAAGAUUUUAUUUACAAGUCGACUUUUCGCUCUCUGCGUGUAUAUUGUAAUAUUAUUUUUUCUACAAUGCGAUAUUGAUAACGUUGUUACUGUAAAUAUACCUUUUCUUUUCUCGCGAAAGCAACCGACGAUUUUGUUUUCGUGUAACAGACGUGGUGCAAUCGUACUUAACUUUUAUUUUAGAAAAGAAACGGUGUACAUACUCGUUGACUCAUCGUACAGAUAUUAAUAGCAUCAGCGGUUUUAAUUUAAUGCUAACACCAGCGUCUCCACUGUUUUUCAUUGUAAUUAGCAAAUAACUUUUGCUAAUAUAUUUAAUUAUUCCCAGUGUAUUUUAUCCAAAAUUUUUACAAGGAAUGUUCCAAUUAAUACAUCGCUUAAAACUUUAUGCAAUCAGCGACUUUACUUUGUCGCUGUUCAUAGCAACACAUUAGUAUCUAAUAUUUGUAACGAUACUCGCUCUAAUACUUUUAUUCCUACUGACUAUUGGUGACACACAAAUUUCAAAGUUCUUAAAUUUUGUGCACCAAUAUUAAUUUCACAUAUUUAGCACUUUAAAAUUAAGCUAAAUUAUAUGAUUAACAUGACCGUUACUAUUUAUAAUAUCAUUCACGAAAGUAUCUUAGAUGUAACGUAGACAACUGUUUCUAGACUCUUUAACAAAUUUUCUCUGGCUUUCGCAAAAAUUCGUUAUCCGUCCGCUCGAAUAGUUCAUCAUUGCAUCAACGAAAAUUAUACUAAUACUUUAUUUUUUAUUCAAGAUUAUGUACUAAUUAAGUCUUUUCUGUACUAUACUUUCAUCCAUCGCUUCUUUCAUAUUAGAGUAACACAACCAAAGUUUUUUUAAAAUUUGGGAAUGGAUUUCAGAAGUCAUGUAUUUUUAUAACAAAUAACGAUACGGUUAUUACUUCGUUAAUUUGAUUAUUCUAAUAAAAUGUUCCUUACAUUUUAAUAAAUAGAACAAUUUUAUGUGUUUCAUAAAAACUGUUUAAUUCUUUGAAUUGUAUCAUUCUUAUUGGAAUCGGAAAAUUGACAAAUUUAGGAACAGCGUAUUUUAACUUUAGAAAACAUGUGAAAUGUAGAUAUAUAUACUAUAACCUUUGAAACGUAUCCGAUCAACUUCCACUGGUCAGUGGUAAACUAGAGAAUGUAUGCUUAAGUCCAUUAGUUUUUUAGACUCGCUAUAAAUUAGGCAACUUGUUGCGCACGAGAUCAAGCACAGUUUCAGAGAAUUUCCCGAUUGCAGGAAUCAAAUGAAUGUCGCUUCAUCGCAUGAAAUAGCGUGUUCUUCGCGACAAUUACUAUUUUAAAAACGAUACUAGUUCGAAGCAAUCUACUAGUGCUAGUUCAAGUCGCUGAUUCUUCAACUCGCACGAAUGAUCUCGAAAUCUUUUAAAUUCAUUGGAUUCAAGGCCAAUGGAGAAAAACAACAUACCGUAUAUGUAAGGUACCUCGGAAAAACAAUCGUGAUAUAAUUACUGAUAUCUAAUUGUAACUUGUACAAAGGUAUCUUUUUCUCCCAUUUCCACAUAUUACUCGCCAACUAAAUUAGCUCGUUACUCUUGAGUACAUACAUGGGUAUUACAUUUCCGCAAAUCUAAGUUCUCAAAACCAAUCAAUUUAAAGGAACGUGGCAACGUAGAGUGCGGUCUUACUGUAUCGAUAUCCUAAUAUUUGAUUUUAUAUACUUUUCACGCGUACAUAUUAUUUCCGACGAAUGCAUACAAAUAUUUAUACAACCUUGCGUUGUGCUGUGAUUUUUCGUCCAUGUGUCCAUUAUACAUAAAGAAAGUGGUUGGAAAUAAAAUAAAAUACAUCGACAAUUUAA